CGCUGCCGCAGCCUAGCCGCUUCCGUCUGAACUAGAGCUGGCGAGAGGCGCAGUGUCCCCCUGGGGUCGGCGUUGUCCUGAGGGCCGGUGCCUGCCCUGGAGCGCGGCCGGCUGCUCGUGCAGAAGUGCUUGGGGCUGGCCGCGCUGGGGCGCUCCCCGCGGUAGGGGCAUGGCGGCAGAGGAGUCGCAGUACCUGCUGGGUUACCCGGCUUCGGACGCUUACCAGAGAGUGCAAAACAAGAAGCUGUACCUGGCCACGUUUGCUGCUGUCUUAGGACCACUUAGCUUUGGCUUCGUGCUAGGCUAUAGCUCACCUGUUAUACCAGAGCUGAGGAAAAUCAAUGAUCCUACAUUAAGAUUAGACAGCAAUCAAGCGUCGUGGUUUGGGUCUGUAGUAACAUUAGGAGCUGCUGCUGGAGGAAUACUGGGAGGCUAUCUUGUGGAUAAAGUUGGGAGAAAGCUGAGUCUAAUGCUGUGCUCAAUACCAUAUGUCUCUGGAUAUGUAGUUAUCAUUUCAGCUCAGAAUGUCUGGAUGCUUUAUUUUGGACGAAUACUGACUGGCUUAGCCAGUGGAAUUACUUCACUUGUUGUUCCGGUGUAUAUAUCUGAAAUAUCUCAUACAAAAGUCCGUGGUAUGCUUGGCUCUUGUGUUCAGCUGAUGGUGGUAACUGGCAUACUUGGAGCCUACAUUGCAGGAAUAACACUAAAAUGGCACUGGCUGGCAGUGUUGUGUUCUUUUCCACCCUGCAUAAUGCUUUUGUUGAUGUCCUUCAUGCCUGAAACACCAAGAUUUCUGCUGAAUCAAAACAAACAUGCAGAAGCCAUAGCUUCUUUACAGUUUCUGCGGGGACCAUAUGUGGACCAUGAAUGGGAAUGCAGGCAGAUCAAAGCUAAUGUUGAGGAGGAGGGACUAAAUCUCUCUGAAUUUAAGAAUCCUUCCAUCUACAGGCCACUUCUUAUUGGUGUGGCUCUGAUGUUCCUUCAGCAAGUAACAGGCAUUAAUGCAGUUAUGUUUUAUGCAGAAAUUAUCUUUGAAGAUGCAAACUUCAAGAACAGCAGAAUGGCUUCUGUUGUUGUGGGUGCCGUACAAGUAUGUUUCACUGCUGUGGCUGCACUUAUCAUAGAUAAAACUGGACGGAAAGUGCUGCUUUACAUAUCUGGGAUCAUCAUGGCUGUCAGUACUGCAUUGUUUGGGCUUUACUUUAAAAUGGUCCUUCAACAUGGGAACAACUCAUCAAAUGCUGAUCUGUGUUUCACUCUAAAUACAGUAUCCCCAGGAACAGAAAACAGCCUAUCCUGGCUUGCAGUAGUAAGCCUAGGGCUCUUUGUUGCUGGUUUUGCCCUUGGCUGGGGUCCUGUUCCAUGGCUGGUGAUGUCUGAAAUUUUCCCACUUAAAGCUAGGGGCAUAUCUAGUGGUGUCUGUGUGUUAACAAACUGGGUUAUGGCGUUCUUGGUAACUAAGGAAUUUCAUGAUUUGAUAGCUUUAAUGUCCUAUGGCACAUUCUGGCUCUUCUCUGCCUUCUGCUGCCUCAGUGUGACUUUUACAGCCUUUUAUGUACCUGAAACAAAAGGACAGACCCUGGAACAGAUUGAAGCCCACUUCAGAAGAUCUUAAGUCGGAGCCUGUUACUGAUAUGAAACCUUUAUAUCAUGAAUUAUGGUGCUGUUGCUAAAACUGACUCUCACUUGGCAGAUAGUUACACAGCUUCCUAGCAAAUUGUUUUAAUGAAUUUUUGUAAAAUGUUUUUCCCUUCUCCCCCCACUUGCAACUUGAUUAUCUCUGUAUGUUCACUGUAGCAUAUCUUCCUUGUAAAAGUCUUAAACAUACUCCUUCUUAAAUUGCCAUGUUUUUUUGUUUGUUUUCCCCUACCUUGUGCAGACUGUAAUGGACAAGAAACCAUGUUUAAUGUAUUGGCUGGUAUCUUUUUUUCUAAUAGGUAAAUCGAGAUCUAAUUUUAUAAAUAAUAAUAAAAACAAUUCCUUGUUCUUCUGUACCUUUUCCUGAUGGCAUAUGGAGAAACUAGUGAUAGAGCCUGGAUAACGUUAAUUUCAGACUGUGACUUUUCUUUUAUGUGUGUUACUACUUCAGUAUCUGGGAUACCUGACCAAGGAAGUAAGUCUAGAUCCCAAACGGAGAUGAAGGUUUGGCUGUAGUGGGUGGUAGUGUUAGGGUGGCAUUAUCUGUCCUAGUGCUGUCAGGUUGGCUAGAAAUGCAUUUAAAUCACAAGAUGGGUUGUAACUCUCAGCAGAAUGUUUUUUGGAGUCUCCUUUUCAAAAGGAAUCAAUAGAUCUUGUAGACUGAGACGAUAUACCUAUAUAUAGCCAGAAAAAUGGAGGAAAUCUGUCUUUUGUAGCCUUAAGUUAAGGGGUAAAGAUCUAUAACUGAAGAUUCCCGAAAGACUUAAUGGCCCAGAAACACAAACCAACGCUGAAUUAUAGCUCUUGUCCAAGAUGGGUAAUGCUUAAGAUACAAGCACCAAUCUCAGCAGCUGUGACAAGCACUUGAAUGAAUGACAUGUCUGAAAUGCUUUGUACAGAACUCAACUAGAAGUAGUAAUCCAGCACUGUUGGCAGCCAUACUACCUCUUUUCUUUUUAAUUUCUCUUGAUUGAUGAACCAAAUUUAGAGAAGCCAUUAGUCCUGCAAAUGUGAAAGAAAGAAUCGAUGUAAAGUUUAUUACAUAUGAAGGAAUAAAUCUUCUCUUCCUCCUUCACAAAAACAAUAAAUUGCAAUAAAUUAAAACAGUUCCAGCUGUGAUAGGAAUGUUUCUAUUUGGAUGCUACAUCUAAAACACAAACCAUACGCACUAUCACAUGACAUUAAAAACAAUGAUAAUACAUACUUAAGACAACUGGUAUUAAAGAGGUUUUGAUCACAAACUCAGCAAUAUCAGUCAUUAAAUUACAAAAACAGUCUGCCAACAUUCAAAGACUGUUAAAAUUGACACUGCAGGUUGAUAAUACUGUCUGCAUAAACCUUCAGAGACAUUUUCCAUCCAAUCGGAUAUAUAUCUAGUAGAGCUAUAAAUACACACACAAAAAUAACCUCUUAUUUUUUCUCCUGAAAUUAUAGGCUAAUAUGGUUUCAGUAGCAAACAGGGUGUCAGUCAGUUGCAGGUCAGCAACAACAAAGUGAAGCAGCUAGGCAUUAAACAGCCUGGUGAAGUGGCUGUGCUCAACUGUAAUAAUGCACAUACUUUCUACCCUGCAUGCUAGUACAGAUGUUUACUGUCUAUUGGCAUAAGAGCUUCCUUGUAUUAUUAUUAUUAUUUAGUUCUCUGGGUAUAAUUUAUUUCUCCACAAAUUCAGACUAUGCCUAAGUAUCUGAGAAAAC